ACGGGACCUCCAUUUAACGUCCUAUCCGAGGGACGGCCUAAGCUAGGUACUCAUUUUCACCUGAGUUAAAGUUGAGUUCUGAACUGACGUCUUAAAACCAUGGAGUACGACAAGGACGGUUUUAAGGUGGAGACGAUCAAAAGACGGAGGAAUGAUUUCUUCUGGGUCGGUGUUCUGGCAUUUAUUUUUCUAGUCGUCGGUUUGGCUGUGGUGGUGACGCUGUUCCUGUUGCCGGCGGCACCCCUGGUUCUACCUGACGCCAUGCCGACAGGUGUGCCGACAGUUCCCCAUUCCCCGGAUGUCAGCCCUCUAGUCUACUACAGUGUCGGGAGCCAUGACGCCAUGGAGGUCACGUGGUCACACGCAGUCAACAGCCAGGAGCUACUAGCCGAGGCAGUCGCUGGCGACACCCAUAUGCUGGAGACUGACGUCACCCUCCGUGGGUUCGGCACGCCUGCGCAGACGGAUGUUCCAGUGGCAGCCCACCCUCCCGUGGUGGACAGUGACGUCACGGUGGAAGAGUGGGUGGAAGUUGUGCUGAAGACGGACAAGGGCAUCAAGCUGGAUUUCAAGUCACUGGAAGCAGUAGCUCCAACCCUAAGGAUACUACACAGCCACAGACACCACAUCACCCGUCCCCUGUGGCUGAACGCUGAUAUCAUGCCGGGUCCUAAUGCCGGACAGGGGGAGUACGAAACGUUCGUCCCUGCAGCAGAGUUUCUCUCAACAGUAAACCAGCAUUUCCCAAACUGCACGCUAUCGCUCGGAUGGGAAACCGGCUUCUAUCACGACCGAGAGAACGAGGGGUACACGCGGGAGAUGGUGGAAGAGAUGCACGCCGUUACUAAGGACUUACGUCAGCCUGUGACGUUUCCCAUCAGGGCCUCUCUGAUUGGACAGUCGCUGGUAAAUUUGAAAUGGCUGCUGGACCAAUCAGAGAGGUAUUCCCUGACAUUGUGGACAUCUUUUGGCGACGCGCACAGACUGUAUGACGUCAUCCGUCUGCGUCACGCCGUCUCAUCGUCACGGAUAUAUUACGACCUCCCCAAACAGCAACUGGAAGAUUUGAAAGAAGCCCUGAAAACCAACGUGACCGGCCUCAACCCUCUGUUCUUCUUCCCAAUGGCACGCCGGGACGGCCUCCUACUCACGUGGUUAGGAAGGACCAAUAGCAGAGCAGCACUGCAGGAAGCCAUUUUCGCUAAAUCCAACAUAGUGGAAGGGGACAUCAUCCUCCGAGGUCACGGGACCGAACGUCAGACCAACGAGCCAAUCAUGGCGCGUCCUCCCGUCAACGACAGUCACGUCACAUUCGAAGAGUGGUUCGAAACCAUCAUGGCGGCCGAGCAUGACGUAGUGCCGAAACUGGACCUCUGGAGCGCAGACGCAGUAGUACCGGUGAUGAACAUCAUCAAGAACCACGCCUCGCACAUCGAUUUCCCCACCAUUGUCAGCUGCCGUCCGCUUGGAACCCCAAACAGCCAACCCGAACCCCUGGACCCCCACUUGGUCUACCCUACCAUCUACAACUUCUUCCCGCCAGGCGUCAGCUCUGCCGUCUCAUUUGUCAACGUUACCCCGGCAACCGGCAUCCCACAGAAGUUAGCUGAAGAUGCGCAUGCGCUAGCACGUGACAUGCUACGCGAACCAAUCAGCUUCACCCUCAGAGCUGAUGUCAUCGAGACGUCACUACCUGCCGUAAAAUGGCUGCUCGGUCAGUCCCAUGCCUAUAGCUUAACUGUGGCGUCGCAAAAUCCGAUCUCUCCCGUCAUUCGGAGCGAAUUCGACUGGGGGAAGCUGAUCUACGAUGGUCCAAGAGAUGUAGUUGACGCGUUGAGAGAAGGCGCAGGAACGGGAGGCGGUUUGGUCAACUUUUUUCAGUCGACCUACCAGCUGUACGGGCGGGACGGGCUGGACAUCCGCUGGGCUCACAGCGUCAACACCUUCCCGGCGUACCACCAACAAGCUAUGCAUGGUCGUCCUAUUCUGAUGGUGGAAGCUGACGUCAACAUCCGGGACGACAACGUUCCCGUCAUGUCUCACCACAGGGCCGGAAACGGAAGUGACGCGUACACGCUGGAGGACUGGCUCCGGCUGACUCCCUAUUUUGGUAUCAUGCUGGAGUUUCACAGCGUGGAGGCUCUAGUUCCAUCCCUACAGGUACUAAAGAGUAGAGGCAGUGACAUCAGACGGCCCGUGAUGCUGAAGGGAGAGAUACCCGGGUUGUUCACCAGGGAGACAUUCAUCGACCCGAUCUUAGACACAUACCCACACGUCUCCAUCGUUAACUGCUUCAAAAAUUGA